AUGUUUUGGAAUCAAUCUAAUAUUUUCAAUUAAAAAACAUCAGAACUAUUAUUGUAGUUGGAUAACAUAAUUACAAAUAAUAUACACAAUUUGUUAACUAUCAUGUAUUUUCUAUUUUAUUUAUUUAGAAAGUUGAUGAAAAUCAAACAGACAUCAUCAAAAUCUUUGAUAGAAUAACUACACUCAUUUCAAAUGAAAUAAAGCGUUCAUCUGUUUUAGUAUGUUGUUCUAAUGGAUUAAAUUGGAGUGCUGCUAUAAUUAUAGCCUACUUAAUCAAAAUUAAAUAAUGGUAAUAUGAAAAAGCUUUCUAUCAUCUUAAAUCAUUGAAGACAUUAGUGAAUCCUUCUUUGCCUCUAAAAAAAUAACUAAUAUUAUUCAAUUCUAAAAUUCACAAUUAAAAACAAGAGAACUAAGAAAAUAAUAUUAAUUAUUCUAAUCUAAUCAUUCCUUCCAAAUUUUAACAACGAAUUAUUGAAUAGACUUAAAAGUAAUAAUAUUUGGAAGAUUCUAUUAAUUCUUA